AUGGGAGCCACACCUUUCACGGAAAGGAUCUUGAAAGCAAAACUCCCUAAAGGUUUCGAUAAACCCACUGACAUGAAGUAUGACAGAACUAAAGAUCCCCAAGAACAUCUAACGACCUUCGAGGCCAGGAUGAACCUAGAAGGAGCGGCCGACGUAGUCCGAUGCAGGGCCUUCCCGGUGACCCUAGCCGGGCCAACAAUCAAAUGGUUCAACGCCCUCCCGAACGGAUCCAUAGCUGGCUUCCAUGACAUUACACGAAAGUUCAUGCCCCAGUUCACGACCAGAAUCACUAAAGCUAAACACCCCAUCAGCUUGCUAGGGGUCACACAAAAACAGGACGAAUCCACAAGGAAAUACCUCGAUCGCUUCAAUGACGAAUGUCUAAUGGUCGACGGGCUCACGGAUUCAAUCGCAAGCCUUUGCUUAACCAACGGGCUCAUGAACGAAGACUUCCGCAAACACCUCACCACCAAACCUGUGUGGACCAUGCAUGAGAUUCAAAAUGUCACCAAAGAUUACAUAAAUGACGAAGAGGUCAUCCAGGUCGUCACUGCCAAAAAGCAGCAACACAACCACACCCAACACGGCAACCUGGCACCACGACAUAACCCACCACCCAGAGAAAAUCAAAGGGACCACCCAAAACUGACAAACACAAGCCGACCACCAAGAAUCGGCAAAUUCUCUAAUUACAUGCCCCUGACAGCACCAAUUACCGAGAUAUAUGAUGCCAGGGCAUCUAGGGAGAAGAGAAGGAGUUUCAACAUCCUUCGAUUCAGAACCUGA